AUGAAAACAUUUAUUAUUCCAUCAAUAUAUCCUGAAAUUCAUAAAACAGAAUGUAUGUAUUGUCCAAUAUCUAUUGGUACAGAAAUAAAUGAUAAAUUAUAUAUUUGUUUAUAUGAUGGACAAAGUUUUUGUGAAGAAUGUCUUCAUCUUCAUCAAGAAGUUAGUAAACAUCAAAAUUAUUUAGUUAUUCAUGAAAUAAAAGAAAAAGAAGAAAAAGAAAUUUUUAAAGAAAAGAAAAAAGAAUAUUGGAUUGAAAACGAAAAUAAAGAAAGAAUAAAUAUAGAAAGUCUUGAAGAAGGAAAAAUAAAAGAAUAUAUUAAAUAUAUUAUUGGAAGUACAGGAAUUGAGAAAAAAGUUAGAGAAAAUGAAAAUAAUAAAAGAAAAAUAUAUACAGAAAAUAUUCAACAAAUUGCAAGAAGUAAAAAAUUAGAUUUAAAUAAUAUUAAAUGUGAAGAAGAAGGAUGUGAUAUUAAAGAUAAUCUUUGGUUAAAUUUAAUUGAUGGAAGUGUAUAUUGUGGAAGAGAACAAAUGAUGAUUAAAGGACAUUCACAUGCAUUAAAACAUUAUGAAAAAACAAAAAGACCAUUAGUUGUAAAAAUAGGAACAAUUAGUAGUGAUGGAACAGCAGAUAUUUAUGAUUAUGAUAAAGACGAAGAUGUUAAAGAUCCAUUACUAAAAGAACAUUUAAAAUUUUAUGGAAUAGAUAUUAAUAAAUUAACUAAAACACAAUUAAGUUUAGAUGAAAUUGCACAAGAAGCAGCAUUAAAAAUGGAAAGAGAUAGAAUUGAAGAAAUAGGAAUAGAACAUAAAUUAUGUUUUGGACCAUAUAAAACAGGAAUUAAAAAUAGUGGAAAUACAUGUUAUGCAGCAGCAGGAGUUCAAUUAAUAAUUGGAAUUACAGAAAUAAGAAAUAAAUUAAAAGAAGAAUAUCAAAAUUUAAUUAAAAAAAAUUGGAAAGGAAUUGAAUAUCAUAUAACAACACAAAUGGCUAAAUUAGUACAAGGAUUUAUUUCAGGAAAAUGUUCAAAAGAAGAAGAAAAAACAGGAAAUCAAAUUGGAAUGAGUAUUAUUGGAUUAAAACAAGGAUUAGGUCAUUAUUAUCAAAUGUAUAAAACAAAUGAACAACAAGAUAGUAGUGAAUUUAUUCUUCAUUUAAUUGAUAGAAUGGAAGAAGAAGGAUUUAAAGAAAUUAAAGAAAAUUUAGAAAUAAUAAUAAAAAAUGAAAUUAAAGGAGAAGGAAUAAGUAUUAAUAUAACUAGAGAAAAAAUGUUAGAAAUGACACUUGAUAUUCCUUAUAAAGUUUUAAUAGAAAGAAAACAUAUUAAUUUAUAUAUGGAAGAUAUUAUUAAAAUGUAUGGAAAUAUAACUCCAAUUGAAGGAUAUCAAAAAAAUGGAAGAUAUAUUAAUGCAACUAAAAGAAUAAGAAUUGGAAAAUUUCCAAAAUAUCUUCUUAUUAAAUUAGAAAGACAAAUUAUAUUAAAUUAUCAAGAUAUAAGAAAAGUAGAUGCAGAUGUUUUUGGAAUGGAACAAAUUGAUUUAUCAAUAUUAAAAAGUAAUGAUAAUGAACAUGAGAAAAUAGAAAAAGUUGAAGUUAAUCAAGAAAAAUUAGAACUUCUAAUUUCAAUGGGAUUUAAUGAAUUACAAGCAAAAUCAACAUUAUUAAUAACAAAUAAUGAUAUAGAAGAAACAAUAAUAAAAUUAACGAGUGAAGAUUUUAAUGAAAUACAAAAUACAAUAAAAGAUAAAUAUAAAGAAGGAAUAACUAUAAUGAAAGAUAUGGGAUUUGAUGAAGAAAUAUGUCAAAAAGCACUUGAAAAAACAAAUGGUGAUAUUGAAAAAGCUAUUAUAUUUGCAGCAACAAGAGAAGAAGAAAAAGAAGAAGAAAAAGAAGAAGAAAAAGAAGUAGAAAAAGAAGUAGAAAAAGAAGUAGAAAAAGAAGUAGAAAAAGAUAAUAGAAGUGGAAAAUAUGAAAUUAUUGGAUUUAUAUCACAUAUUGGAGCAAAUGUUAAUUGUGGACAUUAUGUAUGUCAUAUGAAACAAGGAAAUGAAUGGAUUAUGUUUAAUGACAAUAAAGUUUAUCAAUCCCAAAAUCCACCAUUUACAAGAGGAUAUCUCUAUCUCUAUAAAUCAAUAGAUUAA